UUUAUGUCUGUCUUUAAACGCCGUCGCAGUGAGGCUUGAGCACAUGUGCCUGCCACCGCCUGCUCGCCGCUGAGCCCCGCGCCGGAACGGCCGCGCUCGCCACCCCUGGUCCCUCGUUCCCUCGCUUCCCGCCGCUGGCGCCUAGCGAGCCCCGCGGGAGGAGAUCCUUUCAGUAGAACAAACUUCUAGACGCAGAAGUCCUUACUCUUGAUUCUGUGGUAUCAAAGACUCAUCAGACACCAUCUUCAGGCUAUUUCGUCAGUAUUUUUGGCCAGAGGGAGAGUUUUCUUCAGCGCCUGUCCAUCUCUGAACUUGGCUUCUUACUGUUUUUCUUGCAUUACAAAUGCCUAAGAACAGCAAGGUAGUGAAAAGAGAACUUGAUGAUGAUGUCAUUGAGUCAGUUAAGGAUCUUCUUUCUAAUGAAGACUCUUCAGAUGAUGCCUUUAAGAAGAGUGAACUGAUGGUCGAUGAUCAGGAAGAGAAAGACACAGAUGUUGAAGAAGGCUCAGAUGUAGAAGAUGAAAGACCUGCUUGGAACAGCAAACUCCAAUACAUCCUGGCACAAGUUGGAUUUUCAGUGGGGUUGGGGAAUGUGUGGAGAUUCCCAUACCUGUGUCAGAAAAACGGUGGAGGUGCCUAUCUUGUGCCAUACUUAGUCUUGCUACUGAUAAUAGGAAUUCCGCUCUUUUUCUUGGAGCUCGCCGUGGGGCAGAGGAUCCGCCGGGGGAGUAUUGGCGUGUGGAAUUACAUCAGCCCCAAACUUGGAGGAAUUGGAUUUGCAAGCUGUGUAGUAUGUUUCUUUGUGGCCCUAUACUAUAAUGUCAUUAUUGGAUGGAGUCUGUUUUACUUUUCCCAGUCGUUUCAGCAUCCAUUACCAUGGGAUCAGUGUCCUUUAGUUAAAAAUGCUUCUCAUACCUUUGUGGAGCCUGAGUGUGAGAAAAGUUCUGCAACCACUUAUUACUGGUACAGAGAAGCACUGAAUAUUUCUAGCUCUUUGUCUGAAAGUGGGGGUUUAAAUUGGAAGAUGACUAUCUGCUUGCUGGCUGCCUGGGUCAUGGUAUGCCUAGCCAUGAUCAAAGGCAUUCAGUCUUCAGGCAAAAUCAUGUAUUUUAGUUCCCUUUUUCCUUAUGUGGUACUUUUAUGCUUUCUGAUCAGAGGACUGCUCCUCAAUGGCUCAGUGGAUGGAAUCCGCCACAUGUUCACCCCCAAGCUUGAAAUAAUGCUGGAGCCCAAGGUCUGGAGAGAAGCUGCUACUCAGGUGUUCUUUGCCUUAGGGCUUGGAUUUGGUGGAGUCAUUGCCUUUUCAAGCUACAACAAGAGAGACAACAACUGCCAUUUUGAUGCUGUACUGGUGUCCUUCAUCAAUUUUUUCACUUCUGUGCUGGCAACUUUGGUGGUGUUUGCAGUUCUGGGCUUCAAAGCCAAUAUCAUAAAUGAAAAAUGUGUUAUCCAGAAUUCAGAGAAGAUCUUAAAGCUCUUGAAAGUAGGCAAUCUCAGCCAGGAUAUGAUACCACAUCAUAUCAAUUUCUCAAGCAUUACAGCAGAAGAUUACAAUUUAGUUUAUGACAUUAUUCAGAAAGUGAAAGAGGAGGAGUUUGAGUCUCUUGGUCUGAAAUCGUGUCAGAUUGAAGAUGAACUGAACAAGGCAGUUCAAGGCACUGGUUUAGCUUUUAUUGCCUUUACAGAAGCAAUGACCCAUUUCCCUGCUUCUCCUUUCUGGUCAGUCAUGUUCUUCCUCAUGUUGGUAAAUUUGGGACUUGGAAGUAUGUUUGGAACCAUUGAAGGCAUCAUCACACCCAUUGUUGAUACCUUCAAGGUCAGGAAAGAAAUUCUUACUGUCAUCUGCUGCCUGGUAGCCUUUUUCAUUGGCCUGAUCUUCGUGCAGCGCUCUGGAAAUUACUUUGUGACCAUGUUUGAUGACUACUCAGCUACCCUGCCCCUGCUUAUUGUGGUCAUUCUGGAGAACAUUGCAGUCACACGAAUUUAUGGAAUAGACAAAUUUAUGGAGGAUCUGAAGGACAUGCUUGGGUUUUCUCCAAGCCAGUAUUAUUACUACAUGUGGAAGUAUGUUUCACCUUUGGUAUUGCUGUGUUUGCUGGUAGCUAGCAUUGUCCAAAUGGGAUUAAGUCCUCCUGGCUACAAUGCUUGGAUUGAAGAGACGGCUACAGAGGAGUUCCACAGCUAUCCAACAUGGGGAAUGAUUGUCUGUAUAUCUCUGAUGGUGUUGGCCAUCCUGCCCGUCCCGAUCGUCUUCGUGGUGCGCCGUUGCAACCUGAUCGACGACAGCUCCGGGAGCUUGGCAUCUGUGUCCUACAAAAGGGGAAGGAUAAUAAAGGAACCUGUUAAUCUGGAGGGAGAUAACACAAGCCUAAUCCAUGGGAAGAGCCCAAGUGAAGUGCCCUCCCCAAAUUUUGGCAAAAACAUAUACCGGAAACAGACUGGAUCACCAGCUCUGGACACCGCUCCCAACGGACGUUACGGGAUUGGGUACCUGAUGGCAGACAUGCCUGAUAUGCCAGAGUCUGAUUUGUAGCUGCAGCAAAGAAAGGCCAUUUGUUUUCUCCUCUCUCAGUGACCACGGCCCUCCAACGAGAAGCGGGCAGCUUCACGUGCUGGGCUGUGAUCUCAGGUGCUCCGCAGCGGCAGUCCUUGCGACGCCGUGACUGUACGUGCAGGUUGAGAGAGCUCCCUUAGGAUGGAUUCCCUGGGGUUUUAUUUGCACUGAAGGCAACACAUUCACGAGCCGGGGCAGGCUGUGUCUACCACCAUAGCCAACAGUUGAUUUGGGUUUGGUUUUUUUAACUAAUGUCUGAAUUUAAAGUUUUCUGUCUCUGAAGCCCAGGUCUUACUCAAAUGGUAAAAUGUUUCUGAGGUAAUACCACUGGGCAAGCCCAGGUCUCACUCAAAUGGUAAAAUAUUUCUGAGGUAAUACCACU